ACGAGAGAGACACAGAGAGAGAGAGAGAGAGAGGUGGAAGAAGAAGCUGGCGGGACUUGCAGCAUAUCUUCCACCAUUUCCAUGACUGCUUCAUCCCCUGACGUAUACAGAUCCAUUCAUUCAUUUCCAUAUACGACCGUAUACCACUUGUAGGCACGCUUACUAUCUAUAUAUGUGCGCGCGCGCGCGUGUGUAUACAUACAUACAUAUAUAUAUAUAUAUUGCAGAAUCCACCGCAAGAUUUUCACUUUUGAAUCAAGAAGGUGAAAGACCCAUCUUCUUCCUUCAGCUCCAGCAGCUACUGCGACCGCCGCGUCAGGCCAUGACCGCCUUCCUGGGCAGAUUGAAUUGAGUAAUCAAGAAACAUGUCGGCACCCCCGUCACCAAAUCCCCCUCCUCCUCCUUCCCCUUCAACCAAUGGGGAAUCCCAAUCCGAGCUCAAAUCCCAGUCCCCGCAUCCGCCCAUCUCGUGGCCGGCGGGCGACCCGCUAUCCCUCGAAUGGGUGCAGGACUUGAUGUCGAAGCUCGACUGGGCAUCGAGGAACCUCGCCCCGUCCGAGCUCCCGACCGUGCUACCCGUCCAGGUCUUCGAUCGGUUGGUCCUGGUGGGGUCCAAGAUCUUGCACAAGGAGCCCAAUUGCGUGAGGAUCGACGGGGGAAGUAAGGUUGUGGUGGUGGGGGAUGUUCAUGGGCAGCUCCAUGAUGUCCUGUUCCUGUUGAAGGAUGCCGGGUUCCCCGGUGAUGAGAGGUUGUUUGUGUUCAAUGGGGAUUACGUUGACAGAGGAGCUUGGGGCUUGGAGACCUUCUUGCUCUUGUUGGCUUGGAAGGUUUUUAUGCCAGAAAGAGUCUAUCUUCUCCGGGGAAACCAUGAAUCAAAAUACUGCACAUCAGUUUAUGGUUUCGAGAAAGAAGUUAUGACAAAAUAUGGGGAUAGCGGAAAGCACGUGUACCGAAAAUGUCUUGGGUGCUUCGAGGGUCUUCCUUUAGCCUCCAUAAUUGGAGGGCGAGUUUUUACGGCACAUGGAGGGCUCUUUCGCUGCAUUCCAGUCACGCCUUCGAAGAGGUCAAAGGGGAAGAAGAACCGUCGGAUAGUUCUAAAUCCUGACUCGAGUUCUGCUCUAUCUCUUGGCUCAUUGGAAGAAUUAUCUAAAGCAAGGAGAUCGGUUCUCGACCCCCCUUGGGAAGGCUUGAAUCUGAUUCCUGGGGAUGUAUUGUGGUCUGAUCCUUCUAUGAAACCCGGGCUUUCCCCUAAUAAAGAGAGGGGCAUUGGGCUGUUGUGGGGUCCUGACUGUACAGAGGAAUUUUUGAAGCAAUAUCAAUUAAAGUUAAUUAUUAGAUCACAUGAAGGGCCUGAUGCAAGGGAAAAGAGACCUGGCCUUGCUGGGAUGGACCAUGGUUACACCAUAGAUCAUGUUGUGGAGUCAGGAAAGCUCAUUACUCUCUUCAGUGCUCCCGAUUAUCCUCAAUUUCAGGCUACAGAAGAAAGGUACAAUAACAAAGGAGCAUACAUUGUCUUGGAACCUCCAGAUUUUGAUAACCCAGAGUUUCACAGUUUCAGUGCUGUCACUCCAAGACCAAAGGCUAAUCCCUAUUACGAUUUCGAGGAGGUAAUUGAUUCCGACGAGGAACUUGAUCUGGCAGCGAUGUCCUCCGCCUCCUAGAGUCUCGGAAACCAACUACCAGGCCUCCAUCCAGUGUUUUUUUUUUUUUAACUUUUCAAGCUUAUAUCUGUGCAUUCAUUCUAUCCAGCCGAUCGGACUGUAAUUUCUUGCGCAAGCUAUGCCCCGAGCAUUGGGGUAUCUGUAGAACAACGAGAUCCUUCUGCUGUCCAUACAGGGAAUGUCACAGUGAUUCUUUUUGAGAUCAGUAAGAAAGUACGGUUCAGGCAGAUUCCAAACCUGGACGCACUCUUUCUGGCAAAA